AUGAGCACUGGAGAACCCAAGAUUUACAAAAUUGCCGACUCGGACGGCCAUUUCCGACGUAAAGAAUCGGUCUUUCGGUCCAGCAUUUCUCGGAGUGCGUCCGCCGAGUUCCCUGCAGAGAAGGACCGUUACGUGCUGUACAUCAACUAUGGAUGUCCUUGGGCGCAUCGAGCCAACCUAGUGCGGACGCUCAAAGGACUUUGUGACAUUAUCCAGAUGGUCGUCCUGGACCCAGAACUUGGACCGGAUGGAUGGUUCUUCUCUGGUGCCAGGGGUUCUGCCGAGAGAGAUCCUCUGUAUGGCUUCAAGACUCUGAAAGAACUCUACUUGAAAGCAGAUCCGCAGUAUGAAGGGCGAUAUACAGUGCCAACGCUAUGGGACAAAAAGAAAGAGACAAUAGUCAACAAUGAAAGCAGUGAGGUCAUCCGCAUGUUUUAUACCGAGUUUGACGAUCUCCUGCCCGAAGCUUUGCGCGAAGUCAACCGUCCCGGAGGUGGUUUUUAUCCUGAGCACCUGAGAAAAGAGAUUGACGAGAUGAAUGCCUGGGUGUAUCCGCAAAUCAACAACGGGGUGUAUAAAACCGGCUUUGCUUCUACUCAGGAAGCGUACAAGGAGAACAUUUAUCCCCUGUUUGAAGCUCUUGACCGCGUUGAGGCGCAUCUUGGCCAACCCGAGCAUCAACCGUUUCUCUUUGGGGCAAACAUCACCGAAGCUGACAUUCGGCUCUACACGACCAUUGCACGAUUCGAUGUGGCAUACUACCUGAUCUUCAAGUGUAACUUGAAGAUGAUCAGACAUGACUACCCGCGCAUCGAUCGCUGGUAUCGCCGGCUCUACUAUGACGAAUCCGAGAGGACCCGCGGUGCCUUUAAACAGACAACCUUCUUUGAUAUUUACAAAUUUGGAUACAGCACAGCUGUUGGGAAAGCGACUGGCAGCGGACAGCUUGUGAUUCCGCUUGGUCCUAUUCCGGAUAUAUUGCCACCCGAAGAGCACGAGUAG